AAAUUUUCUGAGAACUACUCAGGAACUAACCAGGUAUCGCCCCACUGCGAACGACUUAGCCGUCCUUUGUUUGAGAUUAAUCGUGCUCGUCGCUGAAAGUGGCAUUUAUGGCAGUGUUUGCUGUACUUUUGAGUGUCGGCGCAACAGUUUUUACAUGGCUGUUCUUUUCUCUUUUCAUUGCAUUUCUCGCCUACUGUUUUUAUAUCAAAUACAUUCAUAUGAAAUAUGACCACAUACCAGGGCCGCCGAGGAACAGUUUCUUCUUGGGACAUUCGCCGACGUUUGUGACGAUUAUGAAAAAUGACGGAAUUGUGCACAACAAACUUUUGGAGUGGGCCGAGACUUAUGGGCCUGUUUACAGAAUGAAUAUCCUGCAUUACAUUAUCCUGGUUGUGACCUGUCCAGAGGCAACUAAGGAAAUCUUGAUGUCCCCUAAGUAUCCCAAGGAUCGAUUCCUCUACAAGCGAAUGUUUAAUCUCUUUGGCCAAAGGUUUAUAGGCACCGGUCUGGUCAGUGCAAUCGAUCAUGAGACGUGGUACAAACAGCGGCGCAUCAUGGACCCUGCUUUUAGCACCUUGUACUUGAGAGGCCUAAUGGGGACCUUCAAUGAAAGAGCAGAGAAACUCAUGGAUAAGCUCUCAGAUUUAGCUGACAGUAACAUGCAAGCCAACAUGCUGCAACUUGUCAACUGUGUCACGCUCGAUGUCAUCGCUAAGGUCGCAUUUGGAGUUGAUUUAGAUCUCCUGUCCAACAACUCGCCUUUCCCCAAAGCCAUCGAGACUUGUCUGAAAGGGAUAGUGUAUCAAGUCAGAGACUCUUUAUUCCAGUUCAAGCCAAAGAACUGGCCGUUCAUCAACGAGGUGAGGAGAGCCUGUCGCCUGCUGCGCACAACCGGAGCUCAGUGGAUCCGCGACAGAAGGACGGCCAUGCAAAACGGAGACGAUGUCCCGAAGGACAUCCUCACUCAGAUCAUUAAAACUGCUGCCACAGAGGAAAAUAUGCCUGAAGAGGAUGAAGAGUUUAUGUUGGACAAUUUUGUAACAUUUUUUAUUGCAGGUCAAGAAACGACAGCCAAUCAGCUAGCAUUUUGCAUCAUGGAACUAGCAAGACAUCCUGAAAUACUGGAUAAAGUGACCAAAGAAGUGGAUGAUGUCAUCGGGAUGAAACAGGAAAUAAGCUACGAUGACCUGGGGAAGCUAGUUUACCUCUCACAGGUGCUGAAAGAGACACUAAGAAUCUACCCGACGGCUCCGGGCACGUCUCGGGAAAUUCAUGGAGACAUGAUGAUCGACGGUGUCCACCUGCCUGGAGGUUUUACCUGUCUGCUGAGCUCCUAUGCAAUGGGGAGGAUGGAAAAGUUCUUUAAAGAGCCUCUUAAAUUUGAUCCAGAGAGAUUUCAUCCAGAUGCUCCCAAGCCCUAUUACUGCUACUUUCCCUUUGCCCUCGGCCCACGGUCAUGCCUGGGAAAGAACUUUGCUCAGAUGGAGGCUAAAGUGGUGAUGGCAAAGCUGCUCCAGAGGUUCGAUUUCAGCCUCAUCCCAGGACAGACCUUUGACCUCCAGGACACUGGCACCCUGAGGCCAAGGAGUGGAGUGAUCUGCACCGUCAAACACAGGAAAUAUAAAAACUAAGCGAUGCUAAACGUUUCUGCCACUAAAAUUAAAUGAAAAAAAAAUAAUCCUAACUGUUAGGUUUCUUCUCCUGCCUCAGACAGAACUGAUUUUUUUAUCUUGCACUUUUAUUGUUGUGAUUAAGAGUGUUUUUAUGUAAAGUUGAAAAUAAUUUGCCUUUAUUUAAUUAAUAUUUUCAACAGUGCUACACCUUUUGUGCCUCUAACAGUAACAUAUAAAUAUCAAAUGCUAUCAGCGCACAUCAAUAACACUAACUGUUGUGGUAACUGAUGAAAUGUACUCUUUGUUUUCUUCCAUGUGGUUAAUUUUAUUUAUUUUUUCCAUGUUGUCUGCUGUGUUUUGAUAUUCCUGAAAGUGUACACACGGGGGCGCUGUAAUCGUGUUAGCAGAAUUAUGUAAGCAUUUGUUUGAUUUUAUCAUGGGAAGCCAUACUGUUUCUAGAGCAACGGCACGGUCCAAAGUAUGCAUGAGCAAAUUUCGGUCAUAAAGAUACUGAAACGCAAGAAAGCGCAACAGCGAGCAACUUUCUAGCAAAAGGUAAGUUUAAUUAAAAAGAAAACAAAAUCCAAACGUUUUUGGGAAUGCAAAUAAAAGGAUUAACCGUGGGGUUGUUUAAAUCUUUGGUGAUUGUUGUUGUUGGAACAAAAAUUGUGAUUUCACACUCCUGAUUAAAUUAUUAUUCUGACCAAAAAUUUGAAAAAAGCUCCUAAAUCUAAAGUUUGUCGAUAUGGAAACGAAAGGGUUUGUCUGAAAAAGAGCAGUCCACAGUUUCUAAGUUAUCUAGAAAUUCUUAGUUUCUCUUUAUUGUGAGAACUUCUGCAGAACCCCUUUUUAAAUGAUGGCGCAAAUAUGGAUUCUUCAUAAAUCAAGAGAACUUCGAACAACCCUGUGCGUCCUCAAGAUGAGACGUUAAAACAUAACGUCUUCAGUCAGAGGCUUGAACUGUGGAACAUCCUGGCAUUGUACCGUUUGAUUAAAUGGAUGUCAUUUAUGAUGCA